AACCACAUUCUGAUGUAAGAUCUAAAUCUAACCUGAAACAAAAUGACCCUCAAAUUUUGAAAAAAGAAAGGCAAACGACAACAGGCGAAAAUAUGUCUCAAAAAUUAGAUAAGAGCGUCGCUCAAAAAGAAGUCGUUCAAGCGGUUGUUAUUGCAGAACAUUUUGGAAAUGAAUUCAUGCCGAUUACUGAUGAUACACCUCUAACUCUUUUGCCGUUGCUUAACGUACCAUUACUUGAAUACACUUUGGAAUUUUUAUCCUUGGGUGGUAUCGAGGAAACCUUUCUCUUUUGCUGUUCCAAUGUUGUUAUGAUAAAACAGCAUAUUAAUAGCAGCAUUGAGAAAUCCGCAGGAUGGUCAUUAACGAUGAAAGUGCACGUUAUUGUUUCUGAAACAUGCAGGUCGUUCGGCGACUGUAUCAGAGAUCUGGAUGCGAAGGCAUUAAUUCGUGGCGAUUUUGUUUUACUAGAACCAGGAAUUGUUGGAAACAUAAAAUUACUUCCCAUUAUAAAAAAGCACAAUGAAACAUGCAACACGGAUAAGGGUGCCGCAAUGACUCUGAUAUUACAAGAGGCUGGGUUAGGUCAGAGAGGUAGGUGUUCUUUUGAGGAAGUGUUAAUGGUGGCUACACCCAAUAAUAGAGUGUUACUUCAUCAAAAAUUGGGCACAUCGAAAAAGGCAAAAAUAGAGUUGCCACUGGAGAUACUAAUGGACAAUGCAUCUGUAAAUAUUUAUCACAACCUGAAAGAUACGCACAUUUCCAUAUGUUCACCAAAUGUGCUCUCCUUGUUUUCUGAUAACUUCGAUUUUCAAACAAAGGACGAUUUCGUGCGUGGACUGUUAAUCAAUGAGGAAAUAUUAGGAAGCACCAUUUAUUGGCAUUUAAUUAAGGGGAACCAGUAUGGAGCCGCAGUGACUAAUUGGAGAAUGUAUCAAUCUGUGAGUCGAGAUAUUCUCCAUCGAUGGUUGUAUCCUCUUGUGCCCGACAUGGGAAUUUCCAGUCAGCAACGGAGUUACAUUCACUUGCAAAACAACGUGUAUCGCAGCAAGGAUGUACAUUUAACACAAAGCAAUAGCUUAAUUGAGGACGUAAUCAUUGGUGGAGGCAGUUCUGUUGGUGACAAAACGAGAAUAUCAAGAUCGAUUAUUGGAGAAUCAGUUAAAAUUGGAGAUAAUGUUAUAAUUGAGGACUCGUUUGUAUUUUCUAAUACUGUGAUCGGUGAUAAUUCUGUUAUUCAGCAUAGUAUAAUAGGACAGAAGUGUGUUCUUGAAACAGGUUGUAUAGUUACAAAGGCGAGUGUAAUAGGGAAAGGAGUUGUUUUACCUGAAAAUUCUAUCAUUGAAAACUAUUUGAUUCGAUCACACUCAUCUAAAACAGGAGUGGCAAGCAAUAAGUUAGCUAAAAAUGCUUAUCACAUAAAGCCAGAGGAAAGCGUUGAAUCAGAUGCUGAAGAUGACGGUUUGCAUAGAAAACUUUCGAGGUUAUAUAUGCCCGAUGAGGCCGAGCCGUCAGAUGAUGAGAGUGUUAAGUCAUCUGAAAGUGAAGAUAAUCUGUCGUAUACAAUCUCACCUGUCCCAGAUGAUACAAAUUUAUUCUUAACCGAAGUUGUCGACAGCCUUACCAGAGGUUUUGAAGAUAAAUUACAGUGCGAUAAUUUAAUACUAGAAAUAAAUUCAUCCCGAUAUGCUUAUAACGUUUCAGUUAAGGAGGUAAAUUUCAACGUUAUAAAAGCUAUAUUGAUGUUACCUUUUCAAUUAUAUCUUGGACAACCUUAUUUGCCUUCAUUACGGCCAUUGUUGGAUUACUUCUCACCGAUCCUGAAGAAUUAUAUUCGUAACAUUUCCGCCAUGGUUGAUUGUCUUCAAGCAAUUGAGGAUGUAGCUGCUAAUAACAAUGAACUAAACGAGUGUGUUUCUGCUGUGUUAAAUUGGUUGUACAAUAAAGACCACCUUUCCGAGGAUGUAAUUUUGAAUUGGUUCUCUGGAAUUGACAAAAACACAAGAUUUUAUGCUCGAGUUGAACCUUUUACUAAUUGGUUACAACAAGCAGAAGAGGCUUCGUCAAGUGAAGAAGAUUGACAUAUUAAUGUUGAUUUUGUCAAAUAAAAAGAUUUAAUCUUC